AUGCCGGAGAUGAGACCUCGUUUCAUCAACGCGCCUGCGCCCAAAGAGUCACUCUCAAACAGGACACGCGAGAGUGCUCCAGGCAAUCCGGUCCUGAGUGGUUGGUUGCUCGCAGUACUGUCGCGCUUGUUAGCUGCUUCGACAUGGCUGCAGAAAGUGCUAUGGAAACUGAACAAGUUUGACCAGCUGAAGAAUCUCCCUGAGCUCGAAGGAUACUCUGCGAGGUAUGAUGGGACGGUGAUUCCGGUCAACGACAAACACGACGAGCCCUUACCUCUCCUCGAGUUGCCAAAGCCACGAAACAGAAGGAACGCAAAUUCAUACUAUACUGUCGCUGAUUACCACAAUGAAUACCUCUCUCACGAUCUAACUCCGCUUGAUGUAACCGAGUAUCUCCUAUCAUUGGUCACAAGAGUGGGAAAGACUUCAAGCAAAUACUCUGUGGCUUACCUUGAUGUUCAGCCAGAUAUUGUUCGAGCUGCUGCUCGCGCUUCGACGGAACGCUACAAGUCUGGUCAACCAUUGAGCAUGCUAGAUGGUAUCCCUAUCGCCGUCAAAGAUGAGGUCAACCUGAAAGGCCACCAGAGAUCCCUGGGCAGCAACCUCAACUUCAAAGACAAGCUGGACGCAACAGACUGGUGUGUUAGAAAGUGGGAAGAAGCUGGCGCUAUUAUCAUUGGAAAGACCUCCAUGCAUGAGCUUGGACUGGACACCACAAACAACAAUCCUACUUGGGGAACGCCCCUGAAUCCUCACAAUGAAAAUUACUACACUGGCGGUAGCUCUGGUGGCUCCGCUUGUACCGUUGCUCAAGGGAUAUGUCCCAUUGCACUUGGCGUUGAUGGAGGUGGUUCCAUACGUAUACCCUCUUCUUGUUGUGGUCUCUAUGGGCUGAAGCCAUCGCAGAAUCGUGUCUCGUGCUACCCAGCGCAAGAUAGUCCCAACACCCUUGCAGUAUGUGGUCCCAUGUCCCCAAGCAUAGAUGACUUGGCUCUGGCGUUCCGUAUCAUGGCUCAACCAUGUCCUGAUGAUCCUGUGAAUCUGUUGUUCCCUCUUUCCAAUUCUCUUGAGGCUCUCAAGGAGAGUGCUACUGACAAGAUGUACCUUGGUAUUGAUCGUGACUGGGUAAAGCUAGCUGAUCCUGACGUCCUGGAUCGCUUUAAUGCUGCAGUACAGUAUUAUGUACAGAUCCAUGGAUACGAGACUGUCGACAUCAAGAUCCCCCUACAAUCAGAGAACCAGAAGGCGUUCUCUCUGACGAUUUUGGCUGAAACAAUGAGUGUGCUAAAGCCUGGACAGAUGUCCGAGCUACAACAUGCUAACCAGCUUGUGCUCAACGUCUCUGGAGUUCAUGCCACUGCUCAGGACCUGAUUGCUUGUGCGAGACUGCGAGAAAGAGCCAUGCGCCAUCUCUCUUGGUUGUGGACGCAGUAUCCGGGCAUGCUUCUCUUGACACCAACGAUGCCCUUCGCUGGCCUCAAGGUCCAGAAGCCAAGUGAUGUUACUGACGGUUAUGGUGCUGCUGAUCCUGAUACAGAGCUUCGUUCCAUGGAAUUUACUUGCUUUGGUAACUGGGUUGGCGCACCUGCUAUUACCUGUCCCGUAGGGUAUACGAAGGACAGUCUCCCGAUUGGUAUUAUGGCUCUGGGCGAAUGGGGUUCGGAAGAACAAUUGAUACAAUUUGCUCGAAAGCACGAGGGUUUUCUCGAGGCGGAAGGCGUGAGAAGACCAAUGAGAGAUGGAAACUGGAUCGAUGUUCUCGCGCAGGCAAAGAAGAUGUAG